AUGCACCGCAACCGGCUAAUUUUUCAGGAGGUGCAGCUGUUAAAGUAUACUUUCGUGUUCAUCUGGAGCAUCGCUGGUCUCUGUAUCUUCUCUUUUUACGUGUCUACCAUCCAGUGUGUCAUCAGCGCACGUGCACAACUUAUGAACUCGGCCAUCCCUGCCGACCAGAACAGUACAGGGGUGGAAAACUUUUUCGGAGGGAAAUCUUUCAGCCGAAAUAUGAGCCGAAUGUCUAUUUCGCCGGCUUUGACAGCUGCAAAAAAGGAAGAAACGAAUGAUCUUGUGGAUCGACGGGGCUUGGUGGCUUUCAUCGGAUCAGCACUGGCGUCUAUGAGUAUAAUCGUGGUCUUGUUGGUCCACUGCAUUGUCUGUUCACGAGGAAUUCACAUGCACGCGAACUCCCGAUUGUCUUCAUACUUCAUAGUCGCACUAGCCUUCGCAAUGAAGACAAUUGUAUUCCUGGUCAGUGAGUCAACCUUAGGACCCAUUUUCAUGCAGUUCUGUCGCAAGGUCAUUUCAAAGACACGCAUUCACAAGUUGAAGAAAAUACGGGAGCGCCGACAGACCAAAGUAGUCCCAAUGAAGUCUCAGACCCCUGAGAUAAGAGUGAACGGAAACAUACGGCAGUUUUCAAUUGAAAGUCAACCUACACACAUCUACUCACUGCCUCUGAGUAGUAAUCCCAGUAUUUGAAAACAAAAAUUACUCAAGCGUGAA